ACGUUAGGGUGAAGUUGGUGAGUGGAAGUUCAGCUCAGAAGGUGCCUCAGAAUGUCUUUGAAGCAGUGACGCUCAUUCAUCGCCGAGCAGAUCACAAUAAUGAUCCAGACAUUCCGUUUUCCAACCUGAAGGUCAUGGCUGUUUAUGAUGCUGAGGCAGGAAAGAAAGGUGGUGCUUCUACUCCAAGACGAGCAUCACAUCCCUUGCUUCCCGCAGGGCUCAGCCAGAAAAGUAGGGGCUUCCAUUUUCCUGACAACACCUCAUGUAGGCCAGCUUUAUCAUGUCACCCUGUCUGAUGAUCCCUUUGGGCACAGUGUAGUCCGAGGAGGAGUAUUUUCAUACACAGCGCCUGUCUACUCUGUGGCCUUGGAACCAUCACUCUUGCAUGCACUCACACUCACUGGCCUUGAGACAUACACACUGAGGCCUCAUCCACAUGUCGUUGUCUCUCAUUUACCGGAGGAUCUGAAUAUGAUUGUUCCUCCACACUGGGAAGAGACAGUGUGUUUAGUGGGUCUACGACCUUUCCUUAAUGUUGAAAGCUUGACCUUGACUGAUUCCUGUCUUGCACUCAUUGCUGCAAAUAAUGAAGGUGGUGACAAAUCCCACACUGUUUACUCACUUCACCUCCCGAGUGCUGCCAGUCUCUAUAAGGAGAUGGUGCGAGUGGGACGUAGCCAUAGGUCUGCCUCCCCCUCCACCUACCUGCACCUGCUCCUUGAGGCUCACCUAGUCCUUACUACUGCCCUCCAGCAUGAAAUGCCGACGGAGGAUGAGGCAGAGGAGGACCUAUACUCUCUCUUACAGGAUUCAUCUGCAUUGUUGGGAGAUUAUUAUGCCCAAUGUGAGAAUGAAGCCGAGUGGCGUCAAGCAACACAGUAUUAUCAGGUUUCAAGCCUGAGUCCAGAUGCAGUGAUUGAGAGACUUGAGCUCACUUGCCCUGGUUUGGUUGCUGUUGUCUCCUCGCUUCUGCUCCACCCUAAUACUCCAUCAUUAACAGCUGCACAGGCUAAUUGUGUGCUGGAAAUGCUGGAGAAAGUAGCUCCAGAGAAGGUUUCAACGAUUAUUCUCAAGUCUACUUGCUUUACAGAGUACAAGAAAGAUAAGGUGCUAAGCAUAAUCAAGCAAGAGUUAUCCAAGACAAAUGAGCCACGACCCACUGAUGUGCUUGCACUUGCCCUUGUGUUUUUGGACAGGGGAUCUCCUGAACAGGUCUCAACUGUUUUAGCUUCACUGAGAGCUUAUCAGCUUGUUGUGGCUUUGCUACAACACUCGCGUCUCCUGUUCACAGUGGAGAAUGGAUCAACCAGGCUCUCACCUUUAGCACAAGUUUUAGCAGAGCACAAGAAAGAAGUUUUCACUGAGGUAUUUGUGUCUCUCAUCGGUGAAGGAUCACUCACUCUCAAUGCCUUUGUUGAUGCAUUCAUAGCUGUUUACCCCAUUAUGUCCUGUGGGCCAGAGUGUAACACCCAUUCUCUUCGACUGCGAGAUUUCCUUGAAAAGUUCUUCUUGGAGUAUGCACAUAAUGCUGAAAUUACAGACCAGAGGGAGAGAUAUGACAGGGCUAUCACAGUCCUUGUUAGUCUCUAUCUUGCCAGCUUGAUGGGUGCUUUUGGUGAUAAAACUAAGGAAGACCCCAACUGGUGCGAUCAACGUGCUGCACUGAAGGAACUGUACGCCCCUCGACCAGUCUUCCUCAAUCUAUUGCCACCAUUCAAUGUGCAAAAGAAAAUGGAGAAAGAGGAGAGCCAGAGCGAUAAACCAGAGGGACAGUCGAGCCCAGGACAGGAGGAGGAGGAGGAAGAGGAAGGAACUGGCAACCUCUCUUCCUCUUCUUUGCAUCUUGUUGUUCUGCAGUCUCUGCUGAGUUCAGAUUUGCCAUCUGCUGAAGACCGCAACAAUGUCCUCAAGUUUGUGACAUCGAACCCUGAUGCCCUGGGAGCCCAGUCUCUCCGGAUACUGUGCCUCGACCCACAGAAACAGCUGGAGUACAUACUCGGUGAAUUUCCUCACGUGCUUCUUCAGUAUGGAAAGGAUAUGUAUGAAUCGGCCGCUGAAUGGGAGGAAUUAGUCUGCAAGCUGAUCAACCACAAAUCGGGCUUGUGUGAAUCAGACCUAUCGUAUUCAGUGUAUUCUGAUGUACUGAAUGAUGUUCUGAGUGAGCUAGUGAUGACCGCACCCCUCGAUGUCUUCAUACGCAUAAUCCCCAAGAAUCGCCAUGAGGAACUGCGCGGUCACAUCCGGCAGUGCCAUUCAGCUGCCUUGGCACUCCACCUGCGCUCUUCACUAAUUUCUUAUGCCCACAAUGUGUUAAUGCAAAUGUCCAAGUGAGGCAAACGACACAAAGGAAUGUUCAAGAAACGGUAAGCAGUGAAGUGUAUGCGAGGGACUAUGCCAUAAAAGACAGAGCUUUAAAGAUUACUUUGCUUAUUUAUUUAUUUUUAUUUGACUCUUCUUCCAGUAUUUGUCAAACUUUGUUUCAUAACUUUAUUUCUAAGUCCAGAUUAUUAUUGUUAUUAAUAUUAUUGUUAUUAUAAUUAUUAUUAGUAGUAAUCAUUGUCAUAAUUAUAUAUGUGCCAGUAAAAGGUUUUAAGUUAGACAUUGUUAUGCAUUCUAAAGUGCCAAUACUUAAAAAAAUAUUCUAUGUAGUAUGAUCCUUUUUUUUUUUUUUUUUGUAAAGAUCUCAUUUUGUUUCCUUUUGAAGUCUGUUCUGUAUAGAAACUAUUGAUGUAUCUGUAAUAGACAGAUGAAAUGGGAUUUAAAUAUAUAUGUGUGUGUGUGUGUGUGUGCGUGUGCGUGUGCAUGUGCGUGCGUGCA